AUGCCCAGAAGCGAGAGGACCGGGGACCGGCGCAUCGCGGCCUUCCUGGCCCUAGGACUUGGCUUCGCUGUCUGGCAGGCAGCCUUUCUGUCUCCCAGGCCGCAGCCUUCAGUGCCACGACGACAGCUGCUGACAGGACUCAGCCUGAGCCCAGCACUUCUGGCGUCGCCAGCGCUGGCAUACGAGACGUACUCGGACGCAAAUGUGGGCUACGAGUUCAAGUUCCCCACCGGCCCUCAGAAGUCCACCAACAAGGGCUUCGACCUUUUCCUCCGGGACAUCAUCGAGCCAUUGGAGUACAUCGGGCUCAAGAUCACCAAGACGGAGCGAAAAGGCCUUGAAGAAGUGGGAACUCCACAGGAGGUAGCAGAGAAGCUACUGAAGGAUCUUGUGCCGGAGGGUGCGCCGCAGGAGAUCAUCUCCACCAGCAGCAAGACGGAUGAGUUCGGCCAUCGUAUUGACACUGUCGAGUAUGCCUAUCAGUGGAAGUUCGAUGACACGUUGGCCAGGCAGCUGGGGCGAAAAAAGUUCCAGCUCCACUGCAAGGCCUUGAUUGCUAUCACCCGGAAGAAGCAGUUCGUGCUGUCCAUCGCCUCAGAGGAAAGAAGGUGGGAACUCCGUGGCGAUGACUACCAGAUUGCCCUGGAUACUUUUAAAUUCCUGUACUGCGUCUCCCGGCGAGCUGCCGGGAUGCUCGCAAGCCCAGAGCUUCAGACCAAGCUGCUGCACCGCCUGCGCUUGCAGCACGAAGAUGCCUUGUCAAGCCCCAGGCGGAAGCUCUUGCAGCCGCAGGAGCUUUCCAGUACGCCGAAAACACCAGUGUCGGUGGAGGCGCUGAGGAAGCAGAUCCAGGAGGCCCUGCGUCAGCGGGAUGAGGCUGUGCGGCGCCAGCACGAGAUCGAGGCGGAAUCUGUUCGCCGUGGAAGGGAAGCGGCGGCGGAGAUUGCGAACCUGCGGCUGCAAACGCAGGAGAUGCAGACCAAGGUGGCAAGCACCAAGAAAGAGGUGCAGCAGCUCCGGCGCAGCGAGCUCCAGGAGCUGAGGCGCCGCCGCGGCCUGGAGGCAGCAGCUCAAAAGGUGCUGCAGGCAGCAGCGCAUGCAGAGGCCCAGCAAGAGAAGAUCGCAGCAGAGGUAUCUCAAGCAGAGGAGGAAAAGCGGCAGCUGGAGCAACAGAUGAAGUCGCUGGAGUCGCUGGUGUCACAGCAGAUCCAGAAGAAGCUCCGACUGCAGGAGAAGCUUUCAGAGUGUCACAAGCGAGAGGCAGAGUUGCGCCACACGCUGUCAGAGGCCACAGAGGAGGCUGCUCGAAGGACAUAUUCUCUGCACAGCGACGACGAGCCCGAGGUAGAUUCAGGUGACAAGGCUUUGGGAGACCUCGAGUUUUCCUACGAGGGCCUCGAGCUCUCGAACGUCAUGCCCUUGGGCCGUGCCCUGCGCCUGGCCAGCCGAUGGACGGAGUCCGCGCCAAGUUCAGGUCUAGCGAAUGUCGCGGCUGAAAGCAAGCAGAACCUCUGGCCGACUGAGAGCACCAACAGCGGCGAUGAGGAUAGCCAGUACCAGGAGCCCAUGAAUGAUCUCAUCCAGGCUUUGGCCGAGAUGAAAGAUUUGGUCGCUACACAGACUGCCUCCGAGCCGGCCCUGCCGGUGCCAGAGGUUUAUGACCACUCGAUGGAGCAAUACCACAUUAACGUCUUGCGAGAGGCAGUGGAAGAACUGCGGCAACACCAGGAGAAGCCACCAGAGCCAAAGGCCACGCCACGUCGUUGA